GAAACAAUUAAGGCAAUAAUGUAAUUUCGCUGACUUGAGUUGGAUCACAAAUUGAUCCCUAUUGUUUUAUUCGUACUGUGAUAUUUGAACAAGCGGAUCGUGUGGAGCUACACACUGACCAGAUAAGAAGUGGGCGUGCGGAAGGCGCAACGCGGCUGGCCCCAAGUUUCUGGUUGCGUAGAUGGUAUAUACCAACUGAGCAUACUGAAGGGAGAAGGGUACAAAGAAGAAGAAUGGGCGGAGGUAUCGUUUCUUCCAUCAUCAAGUGGACGGUGGAGAAGCUGCUUGCCUUGGCAACAACGCCAGCUUCGUCUCCGGCUGAGCCCCGGAACGAUGUCGAAGAAGAGCUAAGGAAGCUGCAGAGGACGAUGUUGAGGAUCCAAGCCAAACUUGAUGACUCGGAGGAGCAGGAUAUAAGAGAUGAGCCUGUAAGGCUAUGGUUGAGUGAGCUCAAGGAUGUCGCUUAUGACGCUCAAGACGCGGUGGAGGAGUACGAAUACCAAGUGCUGCGCGCCGAAGCAGAAAGCAGACCGAGAGGUGGCGGCCGCCACAAAGGCAAGCAUGUGGAGGUAUGCGACUACUCUAUCUCCGCUCCUUCAAGGAUUUCAUUUCCAGAGGAUUUAGCAAGUAAACUCAAGAAGAUAAGGGAGAGGUUUGAUGAGAUCACCGGAGAAUGGAAAGCCCUCCGACUGGGAAAGAAAAAACCUAGUCUUUGGGAGUUGGUGAAAGUCCCCUUACUCAAGGCUGGAGUGGGUAAAGUCAUAGUGACUACUCGGAAUGAAUGUGUUGCCAGAAUCAUGCAGACGAUGGAGCCUUUGAGCUUGAACAUCUUAUCAUUCGACAAAUGCUGGAUGUUGUUCGAGAAGCUUGCCUUGGAAAGCUUAGAAUCCAGCAGCAGGCAUAACAAUUUGGUGGACAUCGGUCGGAAGAUCGUCGAGAAGUGCAAAGGCUUGCCGUUGGCGGUGAAGGUAAUUGCACGUGCUCUGAGUUACGAAGAUGAUGAAGGGAAAUGGAUGGAUAUCUUGGAAAGCGAGCUGUGGGAAUCAGUCGAUGCAAACUUGGAGAUCUUACCGGCUCUUAAAAUAAGCUACGAUUGCUUGCCAAUAGAUCUAAAGAGGUGCUUCCGGUACCUGUCCUUAUUUCCCAAAGACACGGUUUUAUACGAGAGAUACAUUGUCCAUUUAUGGAUGUCGCAAGGUCUUCUUCGGCCUCCAAGAAGCAAGCAAGCAGAGGAUAUAGGCAGUGAUUACGUCAGAAACUUGGUGGAAAGGUCAAUUUUGCAGAUCAAGGGGAUACGUACAGGAGGACAUGCCUUGGACCCCGAGGAAGAGAAAGAGUUAGUGAUGCAUGAUCUUGUUCACGAUCUAGCACAGUCUGUUGCGCAGGGGGAAUCCCUAAGCAUAGCGGCUAACAAACUCGCAAGCAUAUUUCAGCGGGAUGGCGACAAACUUCAGAAGGUUCGCCACUUAUAUCUGGUUUUUGACGACCGGAUGGCACCCAGAGACUUGGAGGCUUUGCUGAAGCUAAAACGUCUCCGGACUCUGAUAACUGCCGUACCACAUUUUAUGGAAGCGUAUACUUUUGAGUUCAUCGAUGAAUUGUUCCACAACUUGAAAUACCUACGAGCUUUGGACUUCAGCCACACCAACAUCGCAGGGCUGCCUGAUUCAAUCGGCGACCUCAAACUACUACGCUACCUCUCCAUCGAAGGUAAUGAGACCGACAGUCUUCCAGAAUCCAUAUGCAGCCUCUACAAUUUGCAGAUUCUGAAUGUGACUGCUACAUUUGAUCUCAAGGAACUACCAAGCGGCAUAGUAAACUUGCCAAAUAUAAGGCAUCUCAUGCUAAAUGAAAGUGGCGUCGCUAUCCCUCGUGGCCUUGGAAAGUUGACGAACUUGCAAACGCUAGACUGCAUCGCAUUGAGCCCGACUAGUUGGCGUUACGAGAUAGAGGAAUUGAAGGGUUUAGUGAAUCAUAGAGGAAAACUCAUCAUUUACAAUCUCAGGUAUGUGGAUAAGUAUGUUGCUCAAACAGAAACACCUCUGAAGACAAAAGAUCGUAUCGAGUUUUUGACACUGGGCUGGUAUGAAGACGACCCUUAUGAACACGAAGGCAUGGACGACGACACGACAAAGCAGGUUCUCGAAUGCUUCCGCCCACAUCCUAACCUAAAACAGCUUAUAAUAUACGCUUACGGUGGUGCCAGAUUUACAACAUGGGUGGGGGAUUCAUCCUUCUCCAAACUAGUGAAUAUAGAGAUGGCUAUAUGCUGGAAAUGCAAUCUGCUUCCACCGUUGGGUCAACUGCCUUCUCUUAGAGUUCUUUCUAUAUAUGAUUUCCCCGGUCUCCAACGUAUUGGGCGUGAGUUUUGUGGUGUUGGUAGUGCGACAAAGGGGUUCCCCUCUCUGGAGACCUUGACGUUCUCAUGUAUAUCCAAUUGUGAAGAGUGGGAUGGAGUGGAGGCUGACGACUUUCCUUGUCUUCUCCAACUUACAAUCGAUCGUUGUCCUAAAUUGAGGAUUUUUCCUCGGCACCCAUUUUCCUCGCUGAGGAAAUUAGAAUUAAGUCAGUUUGGUGACAUCUCCGACGAUGCUCCCUACGUUUCAUUUGACGACGACACGCGUGUUUCAUCCUACCCCCCACCAGUAUUGGCUCGGUAUUUAUCAUUUCGAGGCUUUCACAGCUUUCUUGUAGAUAUGGAUCUGCCUUCACUCGAGGAGUUGAAGAUAUCACAGUGCUCAAAGUUAACGUGUGUCACGGGACUUACCAACCUCACCUCCCUGCAUUCUUUGACCAUAGAUGGUUGUCCGUAUCUACAGUUUUCUCCGACAGAGAGGUUGUCGUCCACUCUCCAGCAUCUGAAAAUUCGGAACAGUCCUUGGGUUAAGCAAUGGGAGGAGGCAAAUCAAGACACCUCAAUUUUUUCAAACACCAGAUGAUCCAAUGGCGGAAUUGGUUCUCUUUCUUCACCCAUCAGAGUCUUCAUUCUUGGGUGGCCAAAUUGAAAAUGAUCAACCGAGGUCACCUGACUACAAUCGCACGAUUGAGCCUCUGGCUCAAGC